GCGCCGGGGCGGGGCGGGGCGGGACGGGCGCGUGGUUUUCCGCCUCCGACGUGUUUCCGGCCUUAAAGGCAUUUUGCCCUUCCCUUUAAGACGCACCGCCCCCUCUCAGUCACUCCCAAGAUGGCGGACCUACUGGGCUCCAUCCUGAGCUCCAUGGAGAAGCCACCCAGCCUCGGUGAUCAGGAGACUCGGCGCAAGGCCCGAGAGCAGGCAGCCCGCCUGAAGAAACUACAGGAGCAAGAGAAACAACAGAAAGUGGAAUUUCGUAAAAGGAUGGAGAAAGAGGUGUCAGAUUUCAUCCAAGACAGUGGGCAGAUCAAGAAAAAGUUUCAGCCGAUGAAUAAGAUAGAGAGGAGCAUACUACACGAUGUGGUGGAAGUGGCUGGUCUGACAUCCUUCUCCUUCGGGGAAGAUGAUGAGUGUCGCUAUGUCAUGAUCUUCAAAAAGGAGUUUGCACCCUCAGAUGAAGAGCUGGACUCCUACAGGCGUGGCGAGGAGUGGGACCCCCAGAAGGCUGAGGAGAAACGGAGGCUGAAGGAGCUGGCCCAGCGACAAGAGGAGGAGGCGGCCCAGCAGGGACCCGUGGUGGUGAGCCCAGCCAGUGACUACAAGGACAAAUACAGCCACCUUAUCGGCAAGGGGGCAGCCAAGGAUGCGGCUCACAUGCUACAGGCCAACAAGACCUACGGCUGUGUGCCCGUGGCCAACAAGAGGGACACACGCUCCAUUGAAGAGGCCAUGAACGAGAUCCGGGCCAAGAAGCGUCUGCGGCAGAGUGGGGAAGAGUUGCCAUCUACCUCCUAGGCAGCCCAGCUCCCCGGGGCAGGGCAGGGGCAGGGGGGGACGAGGCUGCUGCUAUUAGAACCCAUCCUGGAGCCCCACCUUCCAACAGCUGUCACUCAGGCACAGUGUUUGGCACUGUUCGAGCUCAGAUAUGUACGUGGGGUGUGUGUGUGUGCGCGCGCGUGUGUGUGUGUGUUAGUAUGUGAAAGUGUGAAUGCUCAGGUGGGUAUUUAAUCUGUAUUAUUCUGUUCGUCCUGGAAUUUUCUUCCCCAUGGGGCUGGGGUUACUUUACAUUCAAUAAACACCGUUUGACCCAA